UAAGAGCCCUAGAACUAGAAGGGAAAGAGGAAGAGCGGGGAAAUGAACCCUCGCAAAACCAAACAUAAGAGGGAGAGGGAAAUAGAAUAGGAGUUUUGGGGGUUUUAGGUUGUAUUCGAGUGUUUUGUGUGGUGUAAUCGCCAUAUCAUACAUAUAGAAUUACAAAUUGUUGGGAGGUUAGGCUUUUUUCGUUCUUUCGAUUCUACCCCACAAGAAAAACAGGCGGAGAGAGAUGCGAUCGCUGCGGCAGCGGCGAACGCCGGUGUUGUUUGGUGGCGGUCGGUGAAGAGGGUACGCGGGGGGUUUGAUGGGCAUAGAAUUGCAGAUGAGUUGGCGGCCGAGUUUACUGAGUCAGAAGAGGAAGAAUGGACCAAUCGGGUUGAGAAACCUCGGAAACUCUUGCUACCUCAACAGCGUCCUCCAAUGCCUCACCUACACUCCUCCCCUCGCCAAUUUCUGCCUCAAUUCUCAGCACUCCUAUAUAUGUGAUUUGCGUUCCGAUGGGGGGCGGAAGCGUGAGUGUCCUUUCUGUAUACUGGAGAAGAGGAUUGUACGGUCCCUGAUCUCGGAUUCCAGCCUGGACUCCCCAUUAAAGAUCCUGAGUUGUCUCAGAACUUUUGCCGAACACUUCAGGGGUGGUCGCCAGGAGGAUGCCCAUGAGUUCUUGCGCUAUGUUAUCGAUGCUUGCCAUAAUACCUGUUUGCGCCUGAAGAAGCUGUGCCGCAAGGGUGUUGUGGAGAAUGGCAAUGGCAGUGGGAGUACUACCAUCGUCAAGGAGAUAUUUGGGGGCACAUUGCAGAGUCAGUUGAAGUGUCUGUCUUGUGGUAAUGAGUCCAAUAAGGUUGAUGAGAUUAUGGACAUUAGUCUCGAUGUUUUGCAUAGUAAUUCGCUCAAGGACGCAAUGCAAAAGUUCUUCCAGCCUGAGAUAUUGGACGGAAGCAAUAAAUACAAAUGUGAAAAUUGUAAGAAAUUGGUGGCAGCAAAGAAGCAAAUGUCGAUACUUCAAGCACCUAACAUCCUCGUGAUACAACUCAAGAGAUUCGAGGGCAUAUAUGGUGGAAAGAUUGAUAAGCUCAUUGCCUUUGAAGAAGUUUUAGUUCUUUCAAGCUUCAUGUGCAAAACAAGCCAGGAUCCAGAACCUAAAUAUAACCUUUUUGGUACUAUUGUGCAUUCAGGAUUCUCGCCUGAAAGUGGACACUACUAUGCGUAUAUUAAGGAUGCAAUGGGCCGAUGGUAUUGCUGCAAUGAUUCAUACGUCACAGUGUCAACACUCCAGGAGGUCCGGUCAGAGAAAGUCUAUGUUCUUUUUUUCACUCGUACCAACGAAAGUCCACUCUCUGCCAGUACCUAUAUUGCUUCGAAUGGAGUAAAGUCUUGUGAAUCUAAUAGCAAUGAGACUUCUAAAAUUGCAAAAUCUGCUUUUCCUUUGAAAGUGGUGACUGCAAAAUCAUCCCAGAACAAUUCUGCCAGUACCUUGUUUGCUUCCAAUGGAGUAAAGUCACAUGAAUGUAAUGGCAAUGAGGCAUCUAAAAACCCAAAGAGCUCUCUUCAGUUGAAAGCAGUACACACAAGCCAAAAUGUCGAAAACCCCCCCAGUAAGGAUUUCUCAGCCACAUCUAAGGUUAAUAAUAAAGCUCCUUCUAGCCCACGGAUAAAAUUUAGCAUCGUUAGCAACUCCACUACCAAAAGAGUUCCUCGUGUCAGUAAUGGGAAUUCUGAAACUUGUAAGGGUCAAUGCGUUGAAAUGAAUGGGAAUGCAAAAGAAUCUGUGCAUACAAAGGAAAAUGGGAAAGAAAUAUCAUCAAUAGAGAGGAAUGGUUUCAGUGAAAAUAAAAAAGUCGAUGCUGUUGUUAGCCAAAAUGGGCAGUUUUGUUCUAAGGCAAUUGAAAAUAAUGGUGCUUGUAGUGUGGCUAUCAAUUCAGUUGGGACCGUCUUAUGUGAGAGUAAUAAUAUACAGAGUCGGGAAACAACAAGGAUGGCUGCUAACCACCAUCAAUUUAGCAAUGGCUCUGUGAACUGUUCAGAUAUUUCAGGGUUCAAGAGGAAGUCACAGGAAGAAGACUCUUGUUUUUUGUUUGCGCGUGAUGCCAACUCUCAAGCAAAACUUGAAGAAUUGAAGGAAGUGAAAGAAGCAUCAUCAGUGUUGCGAUCUUGUGGUUGGUAUGAUAAGGUUUAUAGUUUUAUGCGAUCAAGAAAGAGAUUAUGCACACAAGAAGCUGGAAAUAUGCCAAGUGGUACAGACUUAAAGAAGAAGUUGAUUGCAGAUGCCAAAACGAAAUUUAUUUCACAAAUUCCCGAGUCAUUAAAAGCAAACCUUAUAAAAGUUUUGCGAUCUUCUAUCCAGGAGGAAAUGCAAAACUUUCGAAGGGGUUGAUUAUCUAAUCUGACUGCUGAAAGUUUUGCGGGCAAGACUUGGGUGUAUAAUAGUAGUAAAUGGUGGUGACAGCAAUAUAACUGUUUUGGCAACUGGCGUAUACUUAUGAUUUGCCUCCUUUCAGUGCAUGUUGGGAACCAGAGAUCUGUUACCUUGUCAUAUGUAGUUCCUUUCUUAUGGCACCAUUUUUUCAUAUUUGAAGGUGCAACUGCGGCCAGUGUUGAGACGAAGAGGUGGAGUUAAGAAGAGUUUUGCCUGGCGUUUUUCUUUUACCCUUGAGGCUGUAAAGAUGUUUUUGUCAUGAGAAGUCAGAGCUCUAAUUCAUUCUGUAAAAUAUACUUUUUGGACGGUACUUAGUAUUCUAAUCCAUACUUUUCUGAAAGUAGCAUUUUAAUUUUAAAAAGUGAAAUGCAGUUCGUAGCAAUUCAUGAAUGUA